GCCGCAGUAGAAGAUCUCAGGAAGCAAAUCGCACAGCUCCAGACGCCUAUUGCGUCCAUCCAGGAAGAUCUGAGUGGCAUGAUAGCUAAAGCCAGGAAGGUGGAUGCGUUGCUCAAGGAUCGUCAUUCGGGGAUUACCCGAGAUCAUCUCGGCCAGGUAACCACAUUCAGGAAGCUUGCAAUCCCAGAAGUGGCCUCCUAUACCUCCACCGAGCACAAGAUGGUUCACUACAUGGGCCGCAAGGUAACUCUGGAUGUCAUCAAAUUUAUCUUGGACUUUUGAUGGUCCUUCGAUGAUGGCCCUUUGAUGUCGAACGAGUUUGACCCUGUUUUGGGUAUUCGCUGCAUAACUGGCACUCCCGGAUCUGGGAAAAGCUGCAGUAUUGCCGCCGCGGUUGGCCAUUUGCAUACAGAGUUUGCGAGCGACAAGAUCAAGUCGAGGGGCAUCGCUCUCGUGCCAGUCGAGCCAUUCAUACGCGAACCCGGCAACGCCUUAUUCUCAGCUCUUGUUCUCGCUGUCAUCAACGAUGAUCAAGCUUUUGGCGUGCUGCUACGCGUUAAGGACCUUGAGAUGAAAAGCGUUUUCAAGGUUUUGGAAGAUUUGAAGGAGCUUGAGCGGAAAGUAUACGUAGUUUUCGACAAUGGAAACAAGCUUAGAUCUCCAAAUGUAUGCUCGGAAGCUGACAAAGAAAAAGCCUGGGGAUUUAUCAGAGUUCUCCCUUUAUCAGUAUCCAACGUGGUCAUCUGCGCGUCGUUUCAGAGCUCUGUCGGGAAACAGCUUAUCAAAAGACAAAAGUGCCCCGCAUUUGCUUAUUUGUGGAGGUUAUGAGCAAGAGGAGCUUGAUUAUAUCAACCAUACGUGCGAGAUCCUGGAUGGUAAUCCUGACUAUUGCAUGCCACCCCGACAAGCAAAGGCAGAGGAGUGCAGAGACAAGGGGUGACGCUGACUCGCCACCCCGACAAGCAAAGGACGAGUGCAGAGACAAGGAAAUGGACGAACCAGCAGAUGACGCUGACUUUCCCGUAUGGAAAAUGGUAAGGCUAUGAUUUAAGUUGUAGUUUUAAUCCUUGUUUUAUCAAGCGUGGCCAGUGGAAGACCGGUGCCGCUACUCGUGACUUACUACGUUCGUGACCGGAAGGAAAAGCUGAAGUCGGCCUUCAGCUGGUACAAGAAAGAGGUUGUCGAAUACGUGAACAAAGGCAACCUUGCGGAGUUGGCCCAGGGAGCGAGAGGCGAGGAGUUGGAGUAUUUGCCGAGCGUAAUGGAUCCUCGCAUAAUAUAUCGAGGCAAGAAUCGCAGAGCCAGGUGCAUCACGGGCUAUCUGAAGGCGUUUGCUCUUGGCCUUAUUGCGGAACGGACAGACCUGGCGACUAUGAAGCUCAUAUCGGAGGAAGUGGCCCGCUGGGUGAAUGCUAUCGCCAUCGACACUACUCUCGCAUAGGUUGGAAUGCUGAAGAUUCUCGCAAUGAAGUUCAUGGAGCCCAGAAUAGAGCUCCUAGGCCAUGUGAUAGAGGUCAAGGCGGAGAAGGUUGUGCAGUUCCGGGGAAGAUUUUCGAAGCAGUUACUCGCCGGCUGCAAGGACAUGGCAACGUUGUUUUGUCCGAUCAAGCUUACGCAUAUGGGAGCGGAUGUGUAUUAUGUGUCGCGGGACUAGAUUAUAGUUUUCCAAGUUUCUAUCAUGGAGGCUACCUGAAGUACCAUCGCCGCACUCUAGAAGUUGCGAAUGAGCUCUUCAAGGGGGAGGAGAUGAGGAAGAAGCUACUGUGCUGGAUAGCACAUACGGAGAAGAUGUGGACAUAUGGAAACAUCCGAAUCGCCUCUUCAGCUCGUCAUGAGCUUUACAGACGUU